GAUGAUGAUGAUGAAGGAGGAGGAUGAUCAAGCCAACGAAGACUCAGCGUCGUAGUUCCUCGUCCUCUGCAUGCCUGCUUUGGAGAACUACCGACAGAAAUAAAACGCCAAUGUUUCUCCGUACAGAUGCCGGAGCUCACGUCAACAUAAGCCAUCGGUGAAGCUGAGCCGCUGUGUAAUCUCAGAGGAGAUGACGGUAACACCCGGAGAGGGAACCAGAUGUCUUUUGUACCAUCUCCAGAAGCUACACGGAGGAUGGAGCGCCGUCUGAGAGGAAGAUGUCUGUCACCUCCGAGCUGCAGUAAAUGCCUCACAAGGCGGUGAAACUCUGUAAUAUUUAUCAGCGGGAGCCUUUUUUUUUUUAUUUAAUGGCACGCCAGACUUUGAGUUUGUUUAAAAACCCACCAAAACUGAGAUCCAUCAACUGAUACGGGGUUGUUUAAAAAUAAGAGAUUGAAUGGUAUUCUAUUUGUUUUAUUUAUGCCGUUUCCAGGGGGGGGGGGGGAUUUCACACCAGCUAUUUGUAUUUAAGCACGCCAAUGUUGGAUUGGCCAAUGCUUGCUAAUGUUUUAGAGCACUUCACCAGCAUUUACUGUCGAGCCUUUGAGUGUUUUGUUUUUAAUUCUCAACUCACAACUUAAAAAAAAAAAAAAAAACACACACAACCCAUUCUGCCAUAAAGCAGGCUCUCUGUGCUGCCAGUCUUCUCCGGCUCAGCACCAUAAUCCUCCACAGGCGAGCGCUUCGCUUUUAUCUGGCUAGCGGCGGCAGCCAGCAGCUAGCGUCUGCUGCUGCUGCUGCUGCUGCUGUGGUGGUGUCGGGUCAUCAUGCAUGCACCGACACGUUUCGCUCCGACGAGACCAGCCGAGAGGAUGUGCCCAAGGGCAUACCAGCACAGCCCGAGCCAUGUGUGACUGAGGCGGCACCGCAGACCCGGUCCAGAACCCAGCGCGAGCAGAGCGGCUUUAUUAUCGGAGGGGAGAGAGCGGAUCAACACCAGCAGCAACUAGCCUGCCCCCCCCCCCCCCCCCCACUCUACAGGAGACGUCCUCCUCCUCCGACUGGAUCCUUUUGCGACCCAACUUGGCGCAGAAAUGGGUGAGCAGCCCAUCUUCAGCACGCGAGCCCACGUCUUCCAGAUCGACCCGAACACCAAGAAGAACUGGGUUCCCACGAGCAAGCACGCCGUCACGGUCUCCUACUUCUUCGACAGCACCAGGAAUGUGUAUCGGAUCAUCAGUCUGGACGGCUCCAAGGCCAUCAUCAACAGCACCGUCACCCCCAACAUGACCUUCACCAAGACGUCGCAGAAGUUCGGGCAGUGGGCCGACAGCCGGGCCAACACCGUCUACGGCCUCGGCUUCUCGUCGGAGAGCCACUUGAGCAAGUUCGCAGAAAAGUUUGCCGAGUUCAAGGAGGCGGCGCGGCUGGCGAAGGAGAAGUCGCAGGAGAAGACGGAGCUCACCAGCACUCCCUCGCAGGGCGGCGCUGUAAAAAGGAAUGUGUUGCCUGUCAACAAACCCGGUAAAAAGAAGGAAUCGGCGCCAGGUGACCUCCAGUCACCUCUGACCUCAGAGAGCAUCAACGGCACAGACGAGGACAGAGUCAUAGCAAACACGCCCAAGCACACCGAAGCCAGAGCAGAGCCCUCCCAAAACGCAUUACCCUUCUCUCACAGCUCCUCGAGCAUCAACAAGCACUGGGAGGCGGAGCUGGCGGCGCUGAAGGGGAACAACGCCAAACUGACGGCGGCUCUGCUCGAGUCCACGGCCAACGUCAAGCAGUGGAAGCAGCAGCUGGGGGCCUAUCAGGAGGAGGCAGAGCGGCUACACAAACGGGUGACAGAGCUGGAGUGCGUGAGCGGCCAGACGACGGUGAUCAAAUCUCAGAAAACGGAGCUUAACAGAACGAUAGAGGAGCUGGAGUUGGCUUUAAAGGCCAAAGAGGAGGAGCUGGAGAGACUUAAAGCAGAGGUGGAGAGUGCCAACGAGUUUAAGUUUCAAAAAGACUCCCUCACACAGAAACUAAAGGAGUCUGAGUCGAGGAACCUGACGCUGGAGGCGCAGCUGAGCGACCUGGAGCAGCGUCUGGAGAGCAGCCAGCUGGAGCGGGAGGCCUACAGGAAGAGCCUGCGCUCUCUGCUGGAGCUGCUGGACAGCAAGAUCUUCGAGCUGACGGAGCUGCGCGACACGCUGGCCAAGCUGCUGGAGGGCAGCUAGGGGAGCCGACAACGUCGCCGCCGCCGCCGACACGACUUGAAAUCUCGACUUUUUUUCUUUUGUACAUGUUAAGAGUUUACAUGACUCCAUGCAUUAAGGGUACACAAACGUUGCCACUUCAGCGCACUCAGAUGGUUUACAAACAGCCAAGUGAAGCCUUUUUCUUUGCUCCACUCUGGAAAACCUUCUCGUUCUAAUUUAGAUUUUUCACCACCACGAUAUGCUAGACGAUGUAGCUUUGGCGCCACACUGGAGCCGCCUCGACUCCACGAUUACACUUCAGUAGUUUCCACAGCGUUCACUGAAAUCAGCCAAACGAGCUCCUCCGACCCGAGACGGAUGUCUUUCUUUACUCGCGGGAUUAAGAGAUAAUCAUAAGGACUGCCACAGGAGGACGUGUGUUUGUCUUCUGUUCUUCUAUAAUCUAUGAGCAAUACACUAAAGGAGGGUCUGUGAACUCUUCUCCACUCUCACUUUCAGGUAAUUUUCCUGCUCCUGCCGACUGGUUUGCACCACAAGCGAUGCAGGAUUUUAUUCACUCUUGUUUUUUUUUGUUUCUCCCCUUCUCUUUAUUUUGUGCGUGUGGGUGAAUCAGAUUGUUUCUUUCCUUUCUGUUUGAUGCGUUUUGAAGUGCAAUGGUUGAAUCCUGUUUUUAUUUAUUACUAAAAAAUAUUUAGAAGAAUAAACCUUGUAGGAAUGCAAAAGGUGGUUUAAUUUAAUCGUUUGGUACGUGGCUGUGCGGUUUUGUUUCUGAGCGGAAAAGGAACGAACUCUUUUUUUUUUGUUUGUUUUUCUUUUGCCAAAUACUGUUUUUCCUGUACAGAUCUGAACUCUUGCUGAUGUUGCCUUGGGCACCAAGAUGCAUCAUGGUAGCUAACUGACGGUACGUUUGGGGUUUUUUUUUGGGUGAGGGAUUUUUAUUUUUUUUUUUUUCCUUGUGGGAUUACCUGUUGCCAAAAAUGAAAGAAUAUGCUACAGUACGUACACCUGCAGAACACUAUUUAAGGGCUUGUUCCUGGUUCGGGUCAAACUUCAGGAGGAUCUUAGCGGCAACUUUAAAAGGCGAUGAUGUACAUUGUUGCUGAAAAGGGAGCUGAAUAAGAAAUUUAGACGUGGAUGAAAACACAUGCUGAUAAAGACACAAAUUGUAAUUUUGAGUUUAUAUUAAAACCAAAUCUGAUGAAGA